AUGGCUGAUAACGUAUCAAACGUGCAGCAGAGACGGAAGAUCCUUAAGACUCUUUUCAUCUCACUCCUACUUGACCUCAUAUCGUUUACCUUCAUCCUUCCGCUAUUCCCGUCACUUAUAAGAUUCUAUCUUGAAAAGGAUCCUUCUCCAACAUCUCUCCUGAAUCGUAUUCUCCACUACCUGAACGCCUACAAAAACUCGUUCUCCAAGCCGAUAGACCCGAAAUAUGAUGUCGUGCUUCUUGGGGGUGCGUUGGGAUCUCUCUUUUCGCUUCUCCAGGCUAUUGCAGCCCCCAUAAUUGGUUCUAUAUCCGAUAAGUAUGGCCGUCGGACUGCACUCCUCUGGUCCAUGGUAGGGAACAUAGCCAGCGUCGCAUUGUGGGUUGCUGCCACGGACUUCCGAACGUUCCUGGGAAGCAGAAUAGUGGGAGGGCUCAGUGAAGGAAAUGUACAAAUUGCGAAUGCUAUUGCGGCGGAUAUAAGUGACCCUAGCCAGCGAGGCUCGACGAUGGCGUUAGUUGGGGCUUGUUUUAGUGUUGCAUUUACCAUUGGCCCUGCAAUCGGUGCAGCAUUGAGCAACAUCACUACCUUUGCAGCUAACCCGUUUGCCACGGCUGCCGGAUGUUCUUUGUUCUUGAUCAUCACAGAGACGAUUUACAUCUUCUUCUGCCUGCCAGAAACCCAUCCGAGGCUGACAUCCGGUAAUUACAAACCUGCUACCUCUGAUAAUACCAGUGAGAAGAAGGAUGACAGCAAGAUAGGCACAGAGGACUCGCCUAGGAAAGUAUCCGAGGGAUACACCAACAACCCUUUCUUGCUGAACAUCACACACUUUUUAUUUCUCCUCCCUUUUUCUGGGCUAGAGUUUUCUCUUCCGUUUAUCACGGCCAAUCUCUACGAGUCUUCGCUGGUAGCAAAUGCCGGUGAAGCAAGCCCUUCCGCCUUAAAUGGUCGCCUGCUAUCGGUAAUGGGCUUGUUGGCAUCAGUUCUACAGGGCGGGGUGACACGCCAACUUCCACCACUGCUCGCUAUCCGUAUCGGUGUCGUCGCAUGCGCAAUGUCCUUUACUUUACUUGCUCAUAUCACCACAAUCUCGGGCUUGUAUACUGCUGGCUGUUUACUUGCUGUCACUAGUGCAACCGUGGUGACUGGCCUCAACAGCCUGGGUAGUUUGGAAGCCCGUGAAGACGAACGUGGUGCUUCCCUAGGUCGUCUGCGAAGUUGGGGUCAAGCGGGCCGAGCUGCCGGUCCAGUCCUAUUCUGUUCUUUGUUCUGGUGGGGAGGUAGGGAGGUUGCAUAUAAGACCGGUGCUGUAGCUAUGGCGGGCGUUUGCGGAAUUGUAUUUGGGCUAUUGAGGUCACCCAUCCUGGCUAAACGAAAGUAA